AUGGAGCAAAAUACAGAACCAUCAAUGUCGACCCUGUGGACUCGCUGUAGAAUUAUAGGCUUCAUAAAUAUGGUAAGUGGAAAACUUAACAUUAUUGUAUUGGUAAUGAAAUCAAUAAAAACAAAAGCAGAAAAAGAUGAACAGUUGUUUGCAGAUAUAGUGCGUAAUCACUUUGGUUUGGUUUUGAUAAUAUUCUAUAUUAUUUGUAUCAUGAUACUAAUUUUUUUGAUAGCAUUCUUUCGUGUUAACUAUGGAAUAACAUCUGCAACCGAGCCUGGUAAUGGAGAUAAGACUGGAAGAUGGCUGAUUUACCAUAAAGUUUUAUUUUGCAUUAAUAUUAUUCUCACAAUCAUCAUGGCAAUAAAUGAACCUACAUCUCUUAUCUCUGAUGUUAUCAUACUUAUAAUACUGGCGAUACAGAUAUAUAUUGUCAAUGCGUACCACACAAGAAUUACUUCAACUGGCGGUAUCAUAUAG